AUGAAGUUGCUUGCUGUCUUCUAUCUAUCGGUUCUGGUUUCCAUUUCGCACGCCAUGUCAGACUGGGAUGUUUCUAUCGGACCCAUCUCAUCCCAGUCCUUUGAGUUUGGAACAGGUCAAGGAGCAGGAGAGAAUCCAAACAUGAAGAUCAAGGUCAAAGACUUUUGUCGCACAGAGUCAAAGACAAGGAACACGAUUGGUGAGCUCUUCCCUACGUCUACAAUCCCUGGGAUCAGAGUGAAUGCGGAAGGUGUGGUAAGCAAUCCUGGGGAUGGAAACUCCAUUGCCUUCUCGUUUGAAGAGAACAUUAGCGAAAAUCGUGAUAUAUUCAAGGACAACGGAGACAAGACUGCAACUGUUCAGUUCUGCGUUGAAGUUGGAUUGUACGAUGGUGAUUCAUUGGUCAAUUUCAAGGAAGCCAAGCUCACGCACAACAUAGACUUGAUCACAAACUUUGUAACCCUCAUUGGGGACGAAUGA